AUGUUCAACGUAAUAAAUAUAACACCAAAGAACACAAUCACCAACAUCACCAGUAAGGACAGUGCCACUAGUAUCGCCACCAGUAAGGACAGUGCCACUAGUAUCACCACCAGUAAGGACAGUGCCACUAGUAAGGACAGUGCCACAAGUAUCACCAGUAAGGACAGUGCUACUAGUAUCACCACCAGUAAGGACAGUGCCACUAGUAUCACCACCAGUAAGGACAGUGCCACUAGUAUCACCACCAGUAAGGACAGUGCCACCAGUAUCACCAGUAAGGACAGUGCCACUAGUAUCACCACCAGUAAGGACAGUGCCACUAGUAUCACCACCAGUAAGGACAGUGCCACCAGUAUCACCAGUAAGGACAGUGCCACUAGUAUCACCACCAGUAAGGACAGUGCCACUAGUAUCGCCACCAGUAAGGACAGUGCCACAACAGCACCAAAAGCCGUGUAA